UGGCGCGGCGGCGGCAGCCAUGAUGGCGGCGUGGUUGAGCCGGUGGGCGCCGACGGCGUCUCCUCUCCUCCUUCUCCCCCUGAGGAGGGGGCUGCGCCUCUCGGCCCCGCGGGAGACGGUGGUGGUGGAGCGCUGGUGGAAGGUGCCGCUCAGCAAGAAAGACCGGGAGCCUCGCAUCAACCACCCCCGUUUCCGCGUCUUCCGCCUGGUUGAGGACCUCAAGCAUCAACCCAAGGAGCCCCUCGAACUCAUCCUCACUGAGCCGGUGGAAGACGUGGGAAACCGCGGGGAGACCGUCUUUGUCCACAGAUCUUUUGGGCGCAACCACCUCUUGCGUCACAACCGGGCCGUUUACGCCUCUCCCGAAAACAAGAAGUUUUUUGAAGAGGAAAACCGAUUACGUGAAGAGGGGAAGUUGCCGAGAUUACAAAGCCACAGCGGAAUGAAGACUGUCCGGUUCCUCAAGAAUUGCACCCUGGAGAUCGGCGUGAACGAGUGUGACCAUUGGGAGCUGACGAAAGAAAUUGUCUGCCGCCAUUUCCUCCGAAAUCUGGGAGUUGUAGUUCCCCACCAGGCGCUGACUCUCCCGGAAGAGCCCAUCACCCGAUUGGGAAGCUACUGGUGCGAGGUUACGGUGAACGGGCUUGACACCGUCCGCAUCCCUCUUUCGGUACAGCAGUUGGCCGAACCGAAAUCAAACAGCCAACGUCUCUGGCUCGCCCAGAAGGAACCAGACGCCGAGAGGGAAGUGUGAAGAUCUGGAAGCUUCCCGGGAACAGAGGCUGGGAAGUGACUUUUUUCCUCUGCGGCUCUAGAAUCGGAGCUUAGGAUUUUUCUAGCCAAAAACUCCUCUUGGGGGGCUGCUUCAGCUGGCCACGGUGGGUGAAUCUAGCCUCGUUCCGGGUCUCUUGAAGCCUCGGGCAGUGGGCAGUGGGGCAGAGGGUGAAUAAAACGUCCCCUCUCUAUUAAUACUUGCUUUUUCGGUGGCAGUGCCUUGUUUGCAAGGCCCCCUUGCGAAGAACAGCUGCUUUUCAGAGGCUUCUGGACUUUUAACAUUGGGGAAAAUCCACAAUCCAGCCUGUUGAAAGGGGUUUUGUGGUUGAUAAUAAUAAUCGUUUAUUUUUCCGGGACUUACCAGCCACCCUAAAAAUUACACAGAAACUUGACUUCAGCUAGAUUAGCUGGAGGUUGUUGAAGUACCAAAGUGGUAUUAGAAGCAGAAACGUGUUGGUGUCUUUGCAAGCCUGGAGCAAACUUGGAAGAUUUAUCCAUUAAAAAGAUUGGCAGUCUUGA